GGCUAUCUCGCGAUUCCUGCUCUUGGAGUAAGGGCUGAAGCUGUGAAGCGCGGGUCUCAGACCCAAGAACUGUCUGGGCGUUUCCUUUGUCUGCGUCUCAAGACAGGAGCCAUACAUUUAAGACAAUGUCUGGAAGCUUCUACUUUGUAAUCGUUGGCCACCACGAUAAUCCAGUUUUUGAAAUGGAAUUUUUGCCAGCUGGGAAAGCAGAAUCCAAAGAUGAUCAUCGUCAUCUGAAUCAAUUCAUUGCUCACGCUGCACUCGACCUUGUGGAUGAAAACAUGUGGCUUUCAAACAACAUGUACUUGAAAACUGUGGACAAAUUUAAUGAAUGGUUUGUGUCAGCAUUUGUCACUGCCGGUCAUAUGAGAUUUAUUAUGCUUCACGAUGUAAGGCAAGAAGAUGGAAUAAAGAACUUCUUUACUGAUGUUUAUGAUUUGUAUAUAAAGUUUGCAAUGAAUCCAUUUUAUGAACCCAACUCUCCUAUUCGAUCAAGCGCAUUUGACAGAAAAGUUCAGUUCCUUGGGAAGAAACACCUUUUAAGCUGAAUGCAGAAAAAUUUUAAAAUAAACAGUGUCACAAUGGUAUAUGCUCAGGAAUGUGUACCUUGUAAGUAACUUGAUUAAAUAGCCUAGAAAACUUUUACUUGUCUCAGUUUAUCAAAAUGUAGUAGAACUUCUUUUACAAUUUAAAAAUAGUACAUUCUGUUUCAUCUUAGUUAUCAGUAGUAUUUGCUUGUGAAGUAUUAUUUAUAGAGUUCUUUAUCAAUAAUUUUGAAAUAUUUGAGAAGUUUUUGACUGUCCUUAUUCAGAUAGUUUGACGUUGAUAUAGUAAGUCAAAAAACAAAUGUCAUAGUCAAGAUUUGGUAGACAGAUUUAAAACUAAACGAUGUGCAGAAGGAAGUGAAAUUGAUUGCACAUACAAUGACUUAUUUGUGCAUUUGGAGAUAUACUAUAAACAUAAACACAGCACUACCUAACAAGCUGAAGCAAGACACUUUUACAGUCUAAAUGUUGUAUACCUGCUUCUAUCAGAGACUGAGAAUAGUGGUAAUCACUGCUAUAAUUUUAGGAUCCUGGAGCCGCAUGUGUACAGUGGACCACAGUUACAUGGUGAAAUAUGUUGCCUCUGUCACUGUAUGUUCUUGUAUUUCCUUUCAGAAAGUGAACUGGGACUUGAGUAAACCGAUUUCUAUCUGUACUUGUAAAAAGUUGUAAUGCAAUUUAAGAACUAUUAUUAAAGAAAAGUUUGCAUUACAUUAACAUUUGCACUUGGCUUUUUAGCUGUACGUUAAAGGAGGCCAGUAGUUGUCUCUUCUGUACUAUACUAAGUGUGUGAAUUCAAUGUAAAAUUAUGAAUAUCUAUGGAAAACUAAGUAAUACAACCAGAUAUUUUCUGUGCUUUUUAUGAGCACUUGAAGAAUUUUGUUCUGUUCUGAAUGGCUUUUGAGCAAAUAAUUCUAAGCUUGGUCCUAUAUCCUUGCAUGUAGUUGGUGCCAUCAGUUUUUAGUCUUAUUUAUUUGAUUUCUUAAAUAAAGAUGUUUGUCCAAAA